AUUAUCUUGGUUACCUCUCGCGAGAGUUGUUGUUUUCUGUCAACGUUGUACGUGGCUUCAAAUCUAAUGCAGGGCGGGGAAGGAGUUAGAAGAAUGCAUUAGCUAGCAACUUGAGAUUGUAGUAGAAAACUAAAGCAUGGUCAUAUGUUUAUAUCUGGAGGUCACAUAUUUGUCACGAAUGUCCAAUUCCAUUUGUAUUGGGCGAGAUUGCUUUUCUCAUUUUGACAGCCCAUCCAGCUAGCAUUGGUGGAGGCGCGGUUUUGCAAGGCAAGCCACAACAGCUCUGUGGGUUAACGUUAGCUAGACAGCUACUGUAGUUUGCUAGCAUAUCCUCGAUAAUCAAUAACCAAUCAAUAUGGAAAGUGUGGAGUCGUCGACGGAAUUCACUAGUUCGCUGACUGUCUCGUCUCAUCUUCCGCCACCACGGACACGGAUUUUCAAGAUCAUCGUGAUUGGGGACUCUGGUGUGGGCAAGACCUGCCUCACCUACCGAUUCUGUGCGGGCAAGUUUCCGGAGAAAACCGAGGCCACGAUCGGGGUGGACUUUCGGGAGAAACUGAUCGAGAUUGACGGCGAGAAAAUCAAGGUUCAGCUAUGGGACACGGCAGGCCAGGAGCGUUUCCGUAAGAGCAUGGUGCAGCACUACUACCGGAACGUGCAUGCUGUGGUGUUCGUGUACGACGUGACCAGUGCCGCCAGCUUCCGCAGCCUCCCAGCCUGGAUCGAGGAGUGUAAGCAGCACGCCCUGGGCCACGAGGUCCCGAGGAUCCUGGUGGGGAACAAGUGUGACCUGCAGAACUUUGUCCAGGUGGACACAGACUUGGCCCAGCAGUUUGCAGACGCCCACUCCAUGCCCUUGUUCGAGACAUCCGCCAAGAAUCCCAGCAGCGACGGCCAUGGUGACGGUAACCAGGGAAACAGUGAUCACGUGGAGGCCAUUUUCAUGACUGUAGCCCACAAGCUGAAGUCCCAGAAGCCUCUGAUACUGAGCCAGCCGCCCGGGGGGGUUUUAGGGGGGGACACUGUGACCCUGAGGAGGGGAAGGGACGAGGGGACAGCGAGCUGGGCCUGCAGCUGCUGAGAGAGAGCAUUCAGGGGAACAAGAGAGGGAGAUAUAGGAAUCAGGGUAGAUUCCCCCCAACAGUCAAGCGCCUUUUUAUUAUUUAAGUGGAUGUUUGGUCACCUGAGAGAUGGGGUGAUGUCAUCAUAUUACAAGAAUUCAGGUUCCACUGAACCAUGUUUGAGCUAGAAUACUGUUUGCCAGAUUGAUGUACAACAUAUUGAAUUCACACACACACACACCUCUCAUAGUUUAGAGCAGGCAAUAUUAGUACACAUCACUCAGGCGUUUCUGUACCAAAAUACCCAUCCAUAGGGUUUAUAAUUGUGCCCUUGCAUAAGUCAAACAAUAUAAACAUUUUCUUAAGCUAAGUUAUGAUCUUCUGUAGCAUGUGUUACAUAAGUAACAUCUAUAAAACAGCUAUUACAAAAUACAAAAAAUACAAUUUAUCUCAAAUCACAUUUCUAACUAAUUGUUUUCUACCCUAGAGUGUUGUCAUCCCAAAUGCCUUAACUAUCCUCACCAUUGCUUUGUGUGUUUGGAUCACAGCUGGUUCUGCGGUGCAUCGUUUUACGUGUGUUUGUGAGAAAGAUGUGUGGCAG